AUGGGCGACCUGGAGUUGCUGCUGCCCGGGGAGGCUGACGUGCUAGUGCGGGGACUGCGCAGCUUCCAGCUGCGCGAGAUGGGGUCCGGAGGGUGGAACCAGCAGCACGAGAACCUCGAGAAGCUGAACAUGCAGGCUAUCCUUGAUGCCACGGCCAGCCAGGGCGAGCCCAUCCAGGAGCUGCUGGUCACCCAUGGGAAGAUCCCGACGCUGGUGGUGGAGCUGAUUGCAGUGGAGAUGUGGAAGCAGAAGGUGUUCCCUGUGCUGUGCAGGCUGGAAGACUUCAAGCCCCAAAACACUUUUCCCAUUUACAUGGUGUUACACCAUGAAGCCUCCAUCAUCAACCUCCUGGAGACAGUAUUCUUCCACAAGGAGGUGUGUGAGUCAGCAGAGGACACCAUCUUGGACCUGGUGGACUACUGCCACCGCAAACUGACUCUGUUGGUUGCCCAGAGUGGCCAUGGUGGCCCCCCUGAGGAAGAGGAGUCCCAGUAUGGCACCCCCAUGCAGGAGCUGCAGAGGCAGGCAGAGCUGAUGGAAUUUGAGAUCGCACUGAAGGCCCUCUCAGUGCUGCGCUACAUCACAGACUGUGUGGACAGCCUUUCCCUGAGCACCUUGAGCCGCAUGCUCAGCACCCACAAUCUGCCCUGUCUCCUGGUGGAACUGCUGGAGCACAGUCCCUGGAGCCGGCAGGAAGGCGGCAAGCUGCAGCAAUUUGAGAGCGGCCGUUGGCAGACAGUGUCCCCCUCAGAGCAGCAAAAGCUGAGCAAGUUGGAUGGGCAGGUGUGGAUUGCCCUGUACAAUCUGCUGCUAAGCCCUGAGGCCCGGGCCCGCUACUGCCUCACAAGCUUUGCCAAAGGACAGCUACUCAAGCUUCGGGCCUUCCUCACAGACACACUGCUCGACCAGCUGCCCAACCUGGCAGACCUGCAGGGUUUCCUGGCCCACCUGGCCCUGACCGAAGCCCAGCCCCCUAAGAAGGACCUGGUGUUGGAACAGAUCCCAGAAAUCUGGGAGCGGCUAGAGCGAGAGAACAGAGGCAAGUGGCAGGCUAUUGCCAAGCAUCAGCUGCGGCAUGUAUUCAGCCCCUCGGAGCAGGAACUGAGGCUGCAGGCACGAAGGUGGGCGGAGACCUACAGACUGGACGUGCUAGAGGCAGUGGCUCCAGAGCAGCCCCACUGUGCCUACUGCAAUGCAGAGGCCUCCAAGCGCUGCUCACGAUGCCAGAAUGAGUGGUAUUGCUGCAGGGAGUGCCAAGUCAAGCACUGGGAGAAGCAUGGAAAGGCGUGUGUCCCGGCAGCCCAGGGUGACAGAGCCAAGUGA